UUUACAUAUAUAAAAUAGUCCUGAGUAACCGGUGCGGUUUCGGACAGAGCCUGGAGUUUGUUUUGUGUUUGUUUAUAUACGCGGUUCCAGGUUAUAUUCCGGUUUCUACACCGAGCUCGUGCGGGUUUACUGUUAUACCCCGAACACACCAUUUAAGGUGGAUUUUAUUUAAGGUGGAUUUUGGCCCGUUGCCAUGGAGCAGGUGGAGGUGGCGCUGCUUGAUGUGGUCAAGAUUUCAUGACCUGAAGCGAAACUUCCUGAAACUUCGUCUGUAUAGAGAGCUUGGGGAAUUUAACGAAACCGAAAACAAACUUAUCAGGAACAGAACUGAAUGAUUUCACUAGUAGCCGGACAGAAAUGCUGAUAUUUGUUUUAAUGCUGUGGGGCUUCACCUUUAGUGGACUGUGUGUGUGUGACAGAGAUACAGAAAGAUCCCAACAGGUAGAGGACAGAAAUGCAGUGUUUACAGAAGAGCAGGAGGCCAAUCAAUUUUUAGGACGCCACCUGCUGUACAACCGAUUCGACUUUGAAAUCUUCACGCCGGGGAAUUUGGAGAGGGAGUGUAUCGAGGAAGUGUGCAACUAUGAGGAGGCGCGCGAGGUUUUUGAAAAUAUUCCAGACACAGAUGCUUUCUGGAAAAAGUAUACGACCAGUCAUACGAAUCAGGAGCAGAAAAUCGACGUAACUGCUCUGUUAGUGGGCCUUAUCGCAGGUGGAGUGGCCAUUGUCAUAGUGGGUCUCCUGGUCUGGUAUACCUGCCAAAACAGUUGCAGAAAUAAGCCCAUUAGGUCUCGUUCGAGCCGCAGUAAUGCCUCUGUGAUCAUUAGGAGGUUAGAGGAAGUAUCACUGCACCCUAUCCCUCCUCCUCCUUUAUCAGAUGAAAUGGAAGCACAUGGUCUCCCCUCAUAUGAGCAGGCCAUUGCUAUAACUGGACCACACGAUGCACCACCACCGCCAUAUCCAGGGUCGAGACCAGGCACCAUUCGACGAUAACCCAAGUCUGUCAAAGCUGUAUUGGGUGUUUUUUUUUUUUGUUUUUUUUUUUGUUUUUGUUUUUUAUUGAAACCAGAAACUGUAAUUUCAGAAUCUCUUAUAGAGCUGGCUUGGUUAUUAAUUACUGGUUUUACUUUGCUUCAUUGCUUCACAUUUUGCAGUGCUAUAUAAGUAAGUAGUUGGCCAGGUCAUUUCUCUUUACGUUUGUG